AACCAGCUGAACACUUUGGAACCGAGAUCUUUGCCCGCAACUGUAAUUGGAGCUGAACAAUGUCUACCCUCCCGCAGGACUUGGCCAACCUCAUUUACUCCCUCCUCACCCAAGACCUUUCCACCCUCCAACGCCAACGCGCCCCCACUUGCUGUAUAUCCAAUUUCACAACAUUCACGUCCCAAUUCCUCGCGCUCCUCGGCUCCACGGACCCAGUAGACGCCGACGCCCUAAUCACCUCCCUCCAAACCCAACACAUACCCCACGACAACCUCGAAAGAAUUCUAAAGCAAGUCGUCGCAGGGUCUAUUCUUGUUGUCGGGGGAUACGAUGCUCGUGUCCGUGGGGUUCUUCGGCGGGUACUGGGGAUUGUAUUGGUGGCUGAGGGCGAAAAGGGGCGAAGCAUGGUCUUGCAGGUUGUUGAGCGUGGUGUUGGGGAGGGUGUAGGUAAGGAGCUGAAUGCAAAGGAGGAAGAGCAACCAAAGGACGCGACAGAGGAUGUGAAAAAGUGGAUGAGGUUGGGAUUGUAUACGGUUGCGGGUGGGAUGGCGGUUGCGAUGACUGGCGGGUUGGCGGCACCGUAUUUGGCUACGGGACUUGGGUCUUUGUUUGCUAGUGUUGGGUUAACAGGUGCGACGGCUGCGGGGCUCGUUGGGGCUUUGGGGACAGCAUCAGGCGGGAUGAUAGCUGGUGCCGUCGUGGGUGCUUCAGGAGGAUUAGCAGCGUACAAACUAGCCCACCCAACUCUCACUGAAUUCUACUUUCGACCCGUCACUCCUCACCCGCCCUCUGUUCCCUCCCUCCACCUCAUCAUCCCCAUUAGUGGACACCCGGGCACCAUAUCCGAGACAGUAGAACCAUGGGAAACCCUUUCCAUCUACGCAGCAUUUUCAGAGAUCCACUGCCUGAUUUACGAGUCGGGCGCGAUGGGAACUCUCUCUAAAGCCUUGGAAGAGCUUGAUACUGCCGGGGUCGACAUGCACGGUGACAGUCCCACCUUGCCAUCCAUGUCAGCCAUCCACCUCAGUCUCGUUACUGAUUCGCCCUGGACGAGCGCUCUCCACCUCUCCAAAGAAGCCGGUCUCCUCCUUGCUAACCAAAUUCUUGUUCCCGCAUUACACGGCCACCACCCCGUAACUCUCAUAGGCUACACAACAGGCGCAUACACCAUCUUCCAUUGUCUAUCUGAGCUUGCGCGUCGUGGCCGAGUCGAGUCAAACGUAUACGGUAUCAUUGAUUCUGUGUACCUCCUUGGUGCACCCAUAGACAUCCAUGACCCCAUGUGGCCUGAACUCCGCCAUGUCGUCCACGGCCGAUUCGUCAAUGCCUAUUGUGGUGGCGACUGGGCACUCCGCUUCCUAUGUCGCACCGCCAAUGUUGCAGGUCUUUUACCCGUUGAAAUCCCAUCCCUAAUUGACGACGACGAUAAUGAUAUCACCCACAUGGACAGCGGUAUUGAAAAUGUGGAUAUAUCCCAUUGCAUUACUACUUUUCUUGACUUUCCUACCAACAUGGUCGAAGUAUUGGAAGCCAUUGGAUUCGAGAGAGGUAAAAGUAGAGUUCAGACUGGGGAAGUCUUGUUCGCGUUUGGAGAGGAUGGCGAGGGGUUGGACAAUAAUGUGUCCACUUUAUCACCCAACAAGGCUGCGGAACUGGUUGAAGAAGAAGAAGAUGUUGGGUGGAAGGGUCGUGGAAUUGCGUUUGGCAGGGCUGUUUGAAUAGAACUUUGGCCAGUUAUGGCCCAUGUAUAUCAACAUUCGAAAGAGUAGACAGGCUUUAAAUUAUAUCAUUUUUAACAUGGGAGCACCCCACUGGA